UGUCACUUUUAAACUUUGGCGUACUUGGAAGGAAGUCGUAAAAGCAUUAAGAAUAAGCGGUAAAAUUGUGUACCAUUGAACAAAUUUUCACGUGCUCCCUUAACAAUAAAGUUUUAAUAUCAAAAAUUCAUUGGUAUAAAUCUAAAAAAUCAUGUCUGACUGGGAAGAUGAGCCUUCAAAUGCCGUUGCAUCUCAAGUGGAUAAAUUUAAUGGUGCGCCACCAAAGUCCAAUGAUGUUGCCGAAUGGAGCGAUUGUGAAGAGAAUAAUGACAACGGCGGCGAUGAUAAAGGUGACAACAAAACCGGCUACCGUGCUCGACGUGAUGAUGGCGGAAACGGCUUUCGUGAACGUCGUAAUAACGGAGAGGCAGGCUUCCGAGGACAUCGUCAUAAGGACAACGAAGGCGGUGAGCGUCGUCGUCGCGAAGGAGCUGGUGACAUGAAUAACAAUCAUGCUGAUAAUGGCGAGGAAGGUGAAAAGAAGGCUAGAGAAUUUUAUAUCCCUCCUGAACCGACUAACGAUGAAACGGAGAUGUUUAGCACUGGAAUAAUGUCUGGGAUUAACUUCUCUAAAUAUGACAAUAUUCCCGUUAAGGUGACUGGUGAGAAUGUGCCAACAUCGAUUAAACGGUUUGACCAAGCCGGACUUCGCGAAAUUUUGGUGGAAAAUGUGACUAAAGCUGGUUACAAAGUUCCCACUCCCAUACAAAAGGUUUCAAUACCAGUGAUUGCUGGAAAACGCGAUCUGAUGGCUUGCGCCCAGACUGGAUCUGGAAAGACAGCUGCAUUCUUGCUACCCAUACUGACAAACAUUCUUGAUGAGCCUUCUGAUCUAGAAAUUGGCAAACCGCUUGCGGUAGUUGUGUCACCAACUCGAGAGCUCGCGAUCCAAAUUUUCAAUGAAGCAAGAAAGUUUGCGUAUACAACUUAUCUCAAGAUUAGUUUGGUUUAUGGAGGGACAUCGGUUAAGCAUCAAAAUGAGGCGAUUAACAAGGGUUGUCAUUUGCUGAUUGCCACUCCAGGUCGUUUGCUUGAUUUUGUUGAACGCACAUUUAUAAUGUUUGACAACAUUCGAUACAUCGUUCUUGACGAGGCUGAUCGUAUGUUGGACAUGGGCUUUUCGGAGAGUAUGCGCAAAAUCAUGCAUCAUCAAACUAUGCACCCAGAACAUCAGACUUUGAUGUUCUCUGCUACAUUUCCAGAGCAAAUUCAGCGUUUGGCUGGCGAGUUUCUUAAGGAUUAUAUUUUUGUUACUAUUGGCGUAGUGGGAGGUGCCUGCUCAGAUGUAAAACAAGACAUUUUUGAGGUUAACAAGUUUAGCAAGCGCUCCAAAUUGAUGGAAAUCUUGCGUGAGGGUGCUGAAGGUACCAUUGUUUUCGUAGAGACAAAACGUGGAGCAGACUUUCUAGCCUCAUUUUUCUCUGAAACUGAGUUUCCAACUACAUCUAUUCAUGGCGAUCGCUUACAGAGUCAACGCGAACAGGCUUUGCGCGAUUUCAAAAAUGGCACCAUGAAAGUUCUUAUUGCUACCUCUGUUGCCUCCCGUGGGCUUGAUAUUAAAAAUGUGAAGCAUGUAAUUAACUAUGAUAUGCCUACAAACAUUGAUGAUUACGUGCAUCGUAUUGGACGCACGGGUCGUGUGGGCAACAGUGGACGUGCCACUUCAUUUUUUGAUCCUGAUCAGGAUCGUCUUAUCGCUGGCGAUUUGAUUAAAAUUCUGAAGGGUUCCGAUCAAGAUGUUCCGGAUUUUCUAAAUGAAAUCGGUGGCGGUAGCAGUUCCCAUCGCUCAAACUUCAACACAGUUGAUGUUCGUGGAGGAGGGGCUUUCAAUACACCUGCUGACAAUUUGGAGGAUGAAGAAAAUUGGUAAUACCAAAUUAAAAAUUCAGACCUAGUUUUAUGUUUGUUGACAGUAGUCUAUGUAUAUGAUAGCUUAGUUUAUAUACUAUGUAACGACAACGAACCAUUAUUUUUACCAUAUUAAUAUCACAAGCCCUUAUAUAUCACUAAUGCAAAUGAAAAAUGUAUUAUUCGUCCAUUUCGUUCAAUAAUAUUAUGAAUUUUAUUUCAAAUCGUUAAAAAAUAAAUACAAGAAUUAUUUCCAUAAAA